CGUCAGAAAGGUCGUGGGUGAGAGGUGAUCGGGACACAUCUUGUUGUCUUUGUAAGAGUGGAGCUCGAUCACGCAGCCGUGUCUUCCCUCUUCCCCGAAUCCUCUCAAAACUCCCUCCCGAACCUCCCGGACCUCCCCCUCUCACCCUCCGGACCCUCGGACCCUCUCCCCUCCCGCAGCGCGCGUCAGUUGAUCAUCCGUGACCAAAGAUCUCGUCUCAUUGAUCAUCAUGGACUCUGGUGUGAUUGAAGGAGGACUCAAUGUCACGCUCACCAUCAGACUGCUCAUGCAUGGCAAAGAGGUGGGCAGCAUCAUCGGAAAGAAAGGUGAAUCGGUGAAGAAGAUGCGAGAGGAGAGCGGCGCUCGGAUCAACAUCUCUGAAGGGAACUGCCCCGAGCGCAUCAUCACCCUCGCAGGCCCCACCACUGCCAUCUUCAAAGCCUUCUCCAUGAUCAUCGAGAAACUGGAGGAGGACAUCAGCAGCUCCAUGUCCAACAGCACGGCCACCUCCAAGCCCCCGGUCACGCUGAGGAUCGUGGUGCCGGCCAGCCAGUGCGGAUCGCUCAUCGGCAAGGGCGGCUGCAAGAUCAAGGAGAUCAGGGAGUCGACAGGAGCUCAGGUCCAGGUGGCUGGAGACAUGCUGCCUAACUCUACUGAGAGAGCCAUCACGAUCGCCGGGACCCCGCUGUCCAUCAUCGAGUGUGUCAAACAGAUCUGUGUGGUCAUGCUGGAGUCGCCUCCCAAAGGUGUGACCAUCCCUUACCGACCCAAACCCUCAGGAUCGCCUGUCAUUUUUGCAGGAGGACAGGCAUAUGCGGUGCAGGGACAACAUGCCAUUCCUCAGCCUGAUCUCACUAAACUCCACCAGUUGGCGAUGCAGCAGAGUCCGUUUCCUUUGGCCCCCAGCAGCCAAGGCUUCACUGGUAAAUCCCUCUCUCAGAAACUAUUGCUCUGCGUCUGCUCUUUUCAUUGGCUGAUGCAGUUGAUUGUGUUUCUCUGCUCUGCAGCUGGUAUGGACGCUACUGCACAGACAGGCUCUCAUGAACUGACCAUUCCUAAUGAUUUGAUUGGCUGCAUCAUUGGUCGCCAAGGUGCCAAGAUCAAUGAGAUUCGUCAGAUGUCAGGGGCACAGAUCAAGAUCGCCAAUCCAGUGGAGGGCUCGACCGACCGACAGGUCACCAUCACCGGGUCACCCGCCAGCAUCAGUCUGGCCGAGUACCUGAUCAACGCACGACUCUCAUCCGAGGCGACAGGAAUGGCCGCUAACUGAUGCUCUCCACCCCACCAGCCCUUUCUCCUCCAUCACAUUACGCUCUCUAAGUGCAAAAGAAAACCAAGUAUUUUCAACCCCUCUUUUCCUUUCAUCCACCCCAAGCUAUGCUUCAUGGAUAUACACAAGUAUUUUAUUUAUUUAUUUCAUGAAAAUGUUUUUAAAAUCCCUUUGCGUACAGUUUUUAAUGUCUAUUUUCUUUGCCUAUUUUGUCAGUUAACAUAACCGUAUGGAAGUGACAGUGGAGAAAGUGGAAAAAUCUGAAAACGCAUAAACGUUUUUGUUAUCUCAGAUUUUUCUUAUAAAAACAGAAAAAAAUAAAAAAGAGAGCAACUACAAAUAAUAGAUUGACCGCUUUCCCUGUAUCAAAGAUUUAUUUAUUUUAAUUUAACUCUAGGAAUUGACUGAUUUUAAAAUCCUAGAAAUGAGCUUUAGAGAAUAAGCUCUGUUUUCUGCAUCAGAUCGAUGUGAGUCUGAGCUGUUUCAGGUGACACCUUUUCUUUUUUUUUUUUGGGACGUAUGAUUUGUCAUUCCUCAAUAUUUGUCUUUUUUUUUUCUUUCUUUCUUUAUCCUGAAGUUGGAGAUUUUGUUAGAGGGAGGGAUGGGAGCUGCUGCAGUUUCUGCAUUAAUGACAUUACUGGUAUAAUAAUGAGUUGAAAAUAUUUUUAGAGAGAAUAUUUUUAUUUUUUUUUGUUUAACCCUGUGGUGUAGAGCCCAGCCUGGAGGAUUCCCAAUCGACAUUUAUACGAUGAUGCGACUGAGUUACUGAUCAAUUACAUGACUAGAAGGAACUUUCUAGAAUUAACACUAGUUUCCUCUCUGCUCUGCUUGAGUAAUAGUUAUGUUCUCUAUUUUAUUAUUAUAUUUUUGUUUUCUUUUUUCUUUUGUUUUCUUUUUUCUUGCAGGAGGAAGGAAAACCUAAAACCUUUUUGUGCACGUUUUCAAAAUAUUGUAGAUUUGGAGUGCAGCUGGAAUGAAGAAUUAAACAUGCAAAAUUAAAACAUGAAAUGCUGAAACUA